AUGAAAGUAACCAAUAAUGUAAAAAGAUCAAAUGUGAACAAAUGUUUUGUUUCUUUUUCAUCAAAUGCCAACAGCGACAUCAUCACAAGAGACCUGAAGGAUGAUAUUAAAACACUUGAAAAUAUACGACAUAUACAUGGUAAUACCCAAAAAAUGAUUGAUUUUAUUUCCUCGUCAAAACGAAAAGUCUGUAUGGUCAUUAUAGAUUAUGCUGGUCUCUCCACUGAUCCGGUAAACAUUCAAGAAUUUAUAAGAAAUAACGAUGCAAUGGAAAAACUAAUAGUUGACUGUUUUCCUUAUACUUGUGAUGCAGUAGAAUUUGAAAGAUGCUGUGUACUCAAUGAUAUCAGUACCUUAUCAGCCUUCAAUUGUAGAAAAACGCCUCGUCAAAGAUCAAAAGCAUAG